CACUUCAAUCUAUAAGCACAAUCUCAGUUUCCUCCGGACUAUCACUCGAGGUGGUUGCCUAAAAGGGAGUAUAUUUGAGCUUUUUCUCGUGGGAAUCACCAUGGAGAAAGCUUACGUUUCACCCCAGAUGAUCAUCCUUAUCUUCUGUACGCUGCUAUGUAUUUGUGAGAGCCGUUUUACGGUGAGAGAUAGAGUCCGUCGUGGAAUUGACUUGUCCUCGACAUAUUCUCUCAUCUCUGAUACUCGCCUUCCUGGGGACUUCAUUCCUCUAAACUACACCCUCGACCUUCGUCCUAAUCUCUCAGAAUCCACGUUCACGGGAAAAGUCAGGAUCAUUGUCCAGUGCAAUGAGACCAGUGACAGGAUUACUCUCAAUGCUCACCAAGAAUUACAUAUCGAGCGAUCAGACAUCAAAUUGAAGAGAGUACUGGAGCAAGAAGAUUCGGAUGAACUCAAUUCGACGGAUGUGAGAAUCCGAAGGGCCUCUCAUACUCCCAAAAAAUCCGUAUUUGUCAUCUACCUCGUGGAUACUGUAAAGAAUGGAACAGUUCUCGACUUAGAGAUCGGUUUCAAUGGCAUGAUCUGGGAGAGUGCAGAGGGUUUGUUCAAGGGAUCAUACUUGGACAAGAAUGGAACUAAGACGGAAUUCUUAGCAACUAUGUUCAAGCCGAACAAUGCUAGACGUCUUUUCCCAUGCUUCGAUGAACCAGCUUUCAAAGAAGCGUUCGAAGUUAGCAUCUCUCGUCCGAAGGAUUACCAUACUCUCUUUAACACUGAUCCAUUUAGCACAGAACCAUUGGACGGUGAACCUGGAACAGUGGUAGAUCACUUCAAUUUGAUCCCAGGGAUAUCAACCUUCUCCCUGGGAUUUUUGAUGUCGAAACUUGUUGUGGUCAAGGAUGAAACACUGCCAGAGGGACAAGAGCAAAAGGUGAAGGUAUAUUGUCAGCCAGGCAUGGAAAAAGCUUUCCCGACACUCUAUGAGAAGAUUCACAAUAUUCAGAAGGCUCUUGAAGGGUUCUGGGGGUCUGAAUACCCCAUCUGUAAUCUAAAUAUUGUUGCUCUUCCUGGGCUGACAACAGUCAAGCCCAUCGACAAUUGGGGAUUGAUCGUAUUCAAAGAAAACGAACUUCUCCAAGCGAGUUACUUCACCAUUGCUCAAGAAAUGGUCUACCAAUGGAUAGGUCACUCAACGACACCUGAAUGGUGGAAUGAUGCCCAUAUCACACGAGCUGUGGCCGGAUUCCUGGCUGCUACAAUAGCUCAAGAAUAUACUGAAGAGUUUGACGAGAAGUGGCCUAUGACUGUUCUAUAUUCGAUAUAUUACGAGUUUAGCAAGAGGUAUCCACACUCCAGGAUCACAGGGAUGAAGCAGGAGUCUAUCUGUAGCAAGACUGAACUUUUACUGAGAAUGAUCAAUUACACAAUGGGCUACGAAACCUUUAGAAAGGCAAUGCAGAACUUCUACGAAGAUAGGCGAUGCCGAACGUUCCAAAGCGAGGAUAUUUGGAAUGCUUUAACUAUCCAAGCCCACAGAGAUCAAGUACUGGAUAAAUCAAUAACGGUCAAUGAGAUUGCAGAAUCCUGGAUCUCAAAAGAUCGUCUACCUGUUGUAACUGUUGAUCGGAACUACGACAAGAAGGAAGCCGUAGUGUCUCAGAAAGUCUACCUCAGGGAGCGACCCCAUGAUGUUCCUGAACAAGACAAGAUGCGUUGGUUCAUUCCUUUAAUAGUCGUAACGGAGGACAAACUCGAUUUCACAGAAACCAGGCCUCGCUUAUGGAUGGAAAAGUCACGCGAAGCAACCUUGGCAGGUCUUCCAGAAGCUUCAAAAUUCAUCAUCGUUAAUCCUGAAGAGAUCGGACCGUUUCCAGUAAACUACGACGUUCACAACUGGAAUCUCUUAGCCGAGUUCCUUCAAACCGAAACAGGAAGAUCAUCCAUUCCCAUUUACACAAAAGCUAAGCUUCUGCAUGACGCUUGGAAUUUGGCUUACGGAGGGCAUUUGAGCUUCGCCACGGCUUUCAAUAUGACCCUCUUCAUGAAAGAUGAGAAGGACCACCUCGUCUGGAGCCCUGUCUUUACCAUGAUCGAUCACAUCGGACGACAUAUCGAUAGUUCAGAGGUUCACAACAAAUUCGAAACAUACGUGCGCAUUCUCCUGACUCCUCUCUACGAACGCUUGGGAUCUGAAGCACAGCCCAGCGAGGAGCAUUGGAAAGAAAACCUGAGAUCUCUUUCCAAAACCUUCCUCUGUCGAGCCGGAUAUAGGCCCUGCAUUGAGCGUGCUCAAGCUGCUUUUGCUAUCUGGAGGAAGGCUGCUGAUCCAGAUGCAGAGACUCCAGUUGAGAAUCAGUACAUCUGCCCAGUGUUCAAAUGGGGAACAAUGGAGGAAUGGGAAUUUGGACUUGAAAGAGUCAUAAAUUUCCCUCAGAACAGAAAACAGAAUGAGCGAACGUAUUUGCUAAAGAAUCUAGCUGGAUGUCCCGUCCAAACGGAGAAGAUUGAGCGUCUGCUAAAUAUUACGAUUUUGGAGGAGAAUGGAAAUUUCACAGAAAAUGAUGUAUUCCUAAUCUUCAGCAUGCUGACUGGUGGAUCUAAUGGAUACACCACGCUCUUCAAUUUCCUGUCCAACAAUUGGGAUACCAUCAAACAAAGAUUUGAAAGCAAGACGAAUCUCUGGGAUAGUUUGAUCAGCUCCUCCACGGGCAUCUUCACAACCCAGGAGGGCUAUGACAUGGUGUCAGCGCUGUACGUGAAGCACCAGGGAGAAUUUGGAAGUGCUGAGCACAUCAUCGAGAAGUCCCUGAAGAACAUCAAGGAGGAGACCAAGUGGAGCCAUGAGAAUCUGCCAGUGAUUGAAAACUGGCUGGAUGAGUACCUCAAAACCGCCAAUACUUCCGCCAGUAAAUUUAUGGGAUAACUUUUUUUUGUGGUUUAUAAAUGGCAUUCUUUAUUAAUAAAAAUCUGUGCGAACA